AAUGUAAAAAGUGCGCUAGCUGGGGCCCCGUGACCUCCGCCUCGCGCGGGGCCCUCUCCCCUCUGCCCUCUGCCCCCGGCGGCCCCUCCCUGCCCCGCCCCGCCUCGCGCGUCGCCGCGUCUCCAUGGCGGCGGUUGCCGGGCGCGCGGGGCCAUGGAGGCGGACGGGCUGGGGCUGGAGCAGGCGCUGGCGCUGGCGGCGGGCGGCGGCGCGGGGCUGAGCCCAGAGAAGCGCGCGGCGCUGGGGGCCUCCCUGCUGCUGCUGCGCCGCGACUACCGCUUCCAGCGCGUCCGCUUCUGGGGCCGCCUGCAGGGCCUGCGCGCCGCCUACUACAUCGCCGACGGCCGCGCCACCGACCUGGCCGCGCCGCCACAGCGCCUCUACAGCUUGAACUGUGUGGAGUGGAGCCUCCUGCCCCCAGCCACUGAGGAAAUGAUUGCCCAGACUGCAGGGCUUAGGGGCCGUUUCCAGGGGGAUCCUUCUUAUGAGUACGAAUCCCCUGAGAGGAAGGAAGACAGUGACAGGAUAUAUGAAGAUGACAGUGGGCUCUUUAUUAAGGAGGAGACCCGACUUGUAGCUACAAUAGAACAAAUAGAUAGGGCAGUGGGUAUCAUCCCACGGGGCGCGUUUGUGAAGACGCCACUUGGACCUGUCCAUGAAAACAGGAACUUUGAAGGUCUUUCCAUGACGGAGGCAAAGAAAUUAAAUUCCUAUUUCCACUUCACGGAGCCUGUUAACCUGAAGAACAAAACACUCCUGGAAAAGGCUGACCUGGACCCAUCCAUUGACUUCCUGGAUUCUCUGGAGCAUGAUAUACCCAAAGGAUCCUGGAGCAUCCAGCUAGAGAGGGGAGGCACCGUGGUCAUCCUGAGGAGCCUGCUAUGGCUAGGAUUAACUUUCUACCACAUCCCCAUGACUAAACAGUAUGGCUAUGUCUACUUUGGCACUGGUGAGAAGAAUAUGGACCUGCCCUUCAUGCUGUGAGUCUCGUGCCUGUACCGAGGACAGAAUGUUUCCAUUUAUAUUUUAUACUUGGAGAAUUUGUAUUUAGAAUUUAGUCUAAUAAACACAUAUGUGAAAGCUC